ACCAAAGCAUCUGAAGAGUACUUGCACUUCAAAUUUUCUGUACCAACCUUUUGAUUAAUUCCAUUACAUGUAUGCUUUCUUUUUUUUCUUCUACCACUACCUAUAACUUUGUGCUGUGUGUAAUGCAGAAUAGAUUGCCAGUUUGCUUCUCAAAAAACUAGUUUCCAUGCAGAAAAGAACAUAGCAAAGUUAUUUUGAAUCAAGUUAUUAAAGGUAAGUAUAGUUACCUUGACACAUUCCAUCAUUUCUGCAUUUCAUCAUUUCUGUCUUGGAGGGGCUUAGUUUCCUCUCACUGCUUUGUCUAAGCCUUUGUAUUUUGAAUGAGGAGGAAGUAUGAAGAAAUGCUUUCUUUUCCUUGUGAUAUUGCAUCAGAAACUUACAGGGUGUCAGGAUUUAAAUUAUUAUUAUUAUUAUUUUUUUUAAAUGAUCAAGUCUCACAGCUAUGAGAAUGAGUUUGCUGAAGUGUUGAGUCGAAACCACUACCAAUUUAAUAUCAACAGCAAAUAUUGUUAAAGGGAAAAUUCUUGCAUUUUCUAUCUGGAACAGGAAAAGUAACGUGGAUGACCUAAUGUAAGCCAGGCUCAUCCUUCUUCUAGCUGCUCCUUUGAAUUCCAGUUUCUUGGUGGACACAUUGCAAGAUAUGGCAUUGCCAACACCUUUGACACUGUAAAUAGUUUUACAGGAAUAAGUAGUAUUUCACUUAAAACAUACAUGAAGCAUUGAAUUAUCAGGAGAGUAAUAAUUUCUAGUAAACUUUAUGGAUGUUUCUUUAUUCUACAACAAAUAUGUGUUGAUCUGUAUGAUAAAGAUUACCCUAACUGUACUGGUAUUUGGCAGAUUUCCUCAGUGAAGAUGUGCACUUAAGAUGACUCUUGAAAUGCUGUACUUCACCUGCCUCUUUAUGCUGCACAAGUAUAAUUUUUACAUAUCCCUCAUUGGGUUUGACUCUUAUGUGACCUAUCAGGAACUGCGAGGCCACUUCAUUUUUAGAUGAAUGCAUUUUUCAGUUGAAUAUACCCUCAGAUGAUUACUUUUGGGAUGAAUCAGAACAGUCUUUGAGGCAGCUCUCUUGGCAACCUUCUCAUGUGAUCAAAGGCAGGUUAAAAUACCAUGUCAUCGUUUCUUCUGAGUGAGCUCAGUGACUACUUAAUCAGCUUCAUGUUUUCUCCUCCUUUUUAUUAAUUUUUUUUUUUUUUCCCCUAAAUGUCAGGAUCAAAAAUUUAUGAGAAUGGGACCAAAUUCUGAGGCAUACAGCUGCUGGAUGUUUUUACCAUUUUCAGUAGUAGUUAGCCUUACUGAUUAUAGUUCAAUAUAUAUAUAUAUUUUUCUGUAAAGUGUAUGUUGGAUUUUAGAAAGCAGACUUUUUUUCAUGAUUUCUCCUUUUAAAAAAAAAAAAAAAAAAAAAAAAACCAAAAAAAAAAAAGCCACUUAACGGGCAUGAGAUUAAUAUCUAGUAGGUUGUUUUUAAGGAAAGUAGGCGGGGACAGGCUGUAUUGGUGUUUUACCUUGCUUCACAGAAGAGCUAAGAGCACUGCUGGGGUAUUUACAGGCACAGCUGAUGAAGGAAGGUUUGCAUUUUCAUGUGAAUAUAAGAAGAGAACCAGAUAUGAUUCUUUCAACCUAGCAAUGAGAACAAAGAUAAAUGUGGACCCUGACACUGACCUGGAGGCCCAGUACACAGCCUCUCAAUCAGAGGAUUCCUAUGCACCUACUUGGAAGUGUAAGCAUAAGAAGAAAUUGCAUGUAAAGAACAAGCCUUUACCUCCUCUGCCUGCUGAGGCUUUUGAAGACUACACAAAGAAACUCAAAGUUAUUGCACUAUAUGACUUUUUUGCUAGAGGACCGUCUGAUUUAACACUCAAGCAGUCAGAAGAAUACAUUAUUCUUGAACAGUAUGAUCCUCACUGGUGGAAGGCUAGAGACCAGUAUGGGAACGAAGGUCUAAUUCCUAGCAACUAUGUUACUGAGAACACAAAAAGUAAUUUAGAAACAUAUGAGUGGUAUUGCAAGAGCAUCAACAGAAGCCAGGCAGAACUACUUUUGCGACAGAAGUCCAAAGAAGGCUCAUUUGUUGUCAGAGAUUCAAGCCAACAGGGAAUCCUUACACUGUCUGUGUAUUCACGGUCUAAAGGAAGUCAUGGUGGAGACAUUCGACAUUAUCAAAUUAAGAAAAACCACUUGAAACAGUAUUAUGUAGCAGAAAAAUAUCUAUUCUCCUCUAUUCCUGAUCUCAUUCAAUAUCAUCAACACAAUGCUGCAGGUCUUAUCACCCGUCUCCGACAUCCACUCAGAUCAAUCAGAUGUUCCUCACCAGCAACAGCAGGAUUUAGUUAUGAGGAGUGGGAAUUGAACCCCUCGGAACUGACGUUUAUGAAAGAGCUUGGGCGUGGGCAGUUUGGAAUUGUUCAUCUGGGUAAAUGGAAAGCAACCAUCAAGGUUGCCAUCAAAAAAAUCAACGAAGGUGCCAUGUCUGAAGACGAUUUCAUGGAGGAGGCCAAAUUGAUGAUGAAACUAUCCCACCCAAAGCUGGUCCAGCUGUACGGGGUGUGCACACGCCAGAAGCCUCUCUAUGUGGUGACUGAAUUCCUGGAGAAUGGCUGCCUGCUCAACUACCUGCGACAGUGGCGGGGGAAGCUCAGCAGAGACAUGCUGCUGGGCAUGUGCCUGGAUGUGUGUGAAGGGAUGGAGUAUCUGGAGAGAAAUAACUUUAUUCACCGUGAUUUAGCUGCAAGGAACUGUUUAGUCAAUGCUGAAUACACUGUUAAAGUAUCUGACUUUGGCAUGGCAAGAUACGUCAUUGAUGAUGAAUAUGUCAGCUCUUCAGGUGCCAAGUUUCCAAUCAAGUGGUCAUCUCCUGAAGUCUUUCAUUUCAAAAAGUACAGCAGUAAAUCUGACAUCUGGUCAUUUGGUGUACUGAUGUGGGAAGUUUUCACAGAAGGCAAAAUGCCUUUUGAAAGUAAAUCAAAUUAUGAAGUUGUCCGUGAGAUUUCUGCAGGUAACCGACUUUAUCGACCACACUUGGCAUCGCACGCUGUGUACGAAGUCAUGUACAGCUGCUGGCAUGAGAAACCUGAAGGACGUCCUACUUUUGCAGAAUUAGUAGAAGCCCUCACAGAUAUAAUGGAGAUGGGAUAAUUGGGGAUUUUAUACAGGUGUGUGUACUGAAAAGUGAGCAUUAAGGUGGCCAAUGUAGCUUAUAUUGAAAACGUCAGCCUUUUAGAGCAGUCUUUACUUAAACUAUGGUAGCAGCAUCCCUGUAUUGAAGCUGUUUGGGCUUGGCCUAAUUUGGGAAAGAUACCCAAGGAGACUGGAUUACUGGAUUUGUACUCUCAAGCCUUUAUUUCCAUGAAAAAUGUCCUAUCUAGAAAGAAGCAACCAAGCUUACUCACUACAUAAGCUCUUUUCCUUAUUCUUUUUGUCAGAGCUACUCUAAUUCCUGUAACAACAUUGAUAAGAGAUGAUUUGUUACUUAAUAUGGUUCAUGCACAAGGAAAUAGUGAUUAGCAGCAGCAAAAGUGGUGGAAGAACCUGUGAAAAAGUUCCAGGACUAAAGGCAGAACCUUUUGCACUGCAUAACACUGAAGGAAUGGAGCAGUUUCAGAGGUAACUCAGCCACCAGGGCAGCAUGCGGAUUUUUGCCCGGAUACUGCACUGCGUGUUGCUGGGGAUCCAGACACACAGAAGGGGUGGAGGCAGCAGUUGUCCUUUGGCAGCUCCUGACCCACACCCCAAACAGCUGGAAGGGCUCAGCACCCCUGAGGAAUUUUAAUCCUGCUCAUAGGUAAAGGCUAAUUUUGUGUGAAACAGAGGGAACAAGUAUAGAUUGUUUUAUUCAAGCUUCUCCCUGAACUUUUCACUGUCUUCCAUUUCUUGCUUGCUGCAGCUUACUCAAAUGCCCAUCAAAUGCUUUCCUUAGACCUCCUCCUGCCAGUGCCCAGAAUGGUGAACAAAGAGAGGCUGGAAAUUGGCCAUUAAAUAAAGUGUUUUAUGUUAAUUUAGCUCAAAUAGAGUUUGUGAGACCUUACUUGCACCAUAUCUGUAACUGUGCCUGUUAGCUUAUUGUUCACUUCUAAUUCUUAAUUUUGGUUAGUGCAAAUGUAUUACAGAAAAGGCAAGUGAAUUUGGUGAUUUUUUUUCAAUACAGUCAGGUCAUUACAAAUAAAUAGUAGUUUAAAAAUGUGAUUGUGCUGUGAAUUGUUAAUAGGUAAGUACAUCGUAUUUCAUUUUAUAGCACAUCGUAGACAAAAUACUUCCAAGCCAGUAGAUGAAGAAUGAUGGACAUCUGAACAGGUUUUUUCAUUUCCACAUUUUAAAAGUAAAUGAAACAAUACAAUCAAUCAUUCUGAGUUUUGGAUUUCCAGAAGGUGAUGACACCUCUGGGCCAAAUUCAUGGCAAUAAUAGUUCAUUUUUACUGUAAUAGCAUUCUCAUAGUUACCACCCCUUGGGGAAGGGAGUACUUAACUCUACUAUUUGGGAGUAACUUCACACACACGCUUUUAAGAUCCUUCUGCUCAAGUGAAACAUGAUAUUCUCAUCCUUUUGUGUAAUCUGCUGAAAGAACUGCCACCAGCAUAUGGCUCUGUUUACUUUUAUAACUGACUUAUUCAUGAGCAUUCAGUUCCAUCUCAGCCCUCUAACUGCACACAAACCUAUACAAUACUGUACAAACCACUGCUUUGAGCUCAUUGCAAGUUUAUGCCUGUAGUACAGUAAUACAGUGCUUUUGAGCUGAUGAUGCUCUACAAAAAAAAAAUAAUUCAAACUCUGUCUGAAGUAUAAACGCACUCAGGGACUUUUAAUAAUAUAAGAGGAAUAUUUUACAACAGCUCUUGUAAAACUGGUUUUGCUACAUGAAUUACUACAAGUUAAUAUGUAAUACCACAGUACCAUGCAAUUAAAAGGGGCUCUGGUAAUUUCAA